AUGGAACCCUCUAUGACGCCUCGUCUGCAAGCUAUUCUGGGACCUGUUACUGAACCUGUUACGGAGCUUCCUCUUGACUCUCCUUUGAUACGUCUUAUGGAGCCUUCUCCGGACAUUCUUAUGGACACUUCCCCAGACACUCCUGUGGAUCCUCUUUCUCCGGACUUUCUUGCAGAGGAUCUUAUUGAUAUUUCGAUUGAGCCAUCUAUGGAGCCUCUCAUUGAUCUGUCGAUGGAGCUUUCUAUGGAACCUCCCAUGGCUCCCCUCAUAGGACCUCUGAUGGACCUUGAUAUCGAACCUCCCAUGGCUCCUCUCAUCGGUCCCCUGAUCGACCUUGAUAUAAGCAGCUCUUCCGGCAGCAUCUCGGGGGUUUCCCUUGAAUCUCCACUGAUAUCUCCUAUGAAUUCUCGUCUCGGUUCUCCCAUGGAAACUGAUACGGACUAUGAUAUGACAUCCGAAUCUUCCUGCGGAUCUCCUUUCUUAUAUCUACCGGACUCAUUGGGCCUGUUUUUCCAUCUUCCCCCAGAAGUCCGCCUAAUAAUAUGGGAAUACCUCUUCUCAACCAUUCACACAAAACUUUUCAACAACGGGAAGCCAAACGCCAACCCUCUUUCAAUUCUCAGUGCCAGUCGUUACCUAUAUACCGAGGUCUCUUCUCACCUCUAUAAUAACUGCACCGAAAACAUACUCAUGAAACCCGCAUACGACGCGGAUGAAUGGAUGCGCAUCGAACUCGAAGCCACCAACAUGCACGUGGACAUAAUUCUCAAGGACAAAGCAGCCGCCGACAGACAUUUCCAAACCUUCCCACACCACAGAGCCAAUGUCAUAGUUCAUCUCAAACCCCCGAACAAAGACGACCCAGGCCAACUAGUCCUUCUGUGGAGGAAAUCCCUCGAAAUGGUCAAUAUAAUCAUGGAAACCAUCGCCCCACAUCCAUUCAGACUGACUUCAUACGGAUGGGAUGCAUCCGAGCCUCCAUCCCACUGGCAAUACACACAAGAAGACUUCUUCAACCUGGGCGGUCUCCAAGAAACCCCCCAAUCCCCAUUCGGUUACUUCCCAGACCACGACAUAAUCAUCCUCCCCUUCAUCCGUGCGCAACUAUGGUUCGAAAACCCUAGUACAGACAUGGCCGCACUCACAGACGAACAAUUCACCAAUCACUGCAAUCAAAUCAGAGGCCUGUUCUUCCCAGCCGGUCUGGAGCGCAGAACGGAAGGACUCUUCACUUUCACGAAAGAAACAGGCGCAGCUGCAAUCGAAAGAAGAAUUCUCGAAACAAACAUACUUUUAGAAAAUAGCCUGGACGAGCUCCCCGGUCACACAGCUUCCUUACUCCGCCUCGACCGCUUCAAACACUGGUUCGAGGACGGACAGAGCUGGGAAUCGAAAUAUCAGGUUGAAUACACUGCGCAGUUGGCGACGAACCCGUGGCUCGCUAUGCAUGCACUGGCAAAUUCGAAUAUGAGAUGCUUUACCCUCAUUCUGACCCACCAUUGGAUGCAUUGUUUGACCUACCGCGGUGCGGGAAAGAGAUUCGGCGUAUUUACGAAAUGGAGCUCGUGUAUAUGGUCAGAUAAAUUCCAACUUGGUCUUCCGCCACUUAGCUAUCUCUUCAAUCUGGUUACAUACCGAUGGACUGCGGAAGAGCAGGAUUGGAUCUUUCAUAAUUAUGCGGAAUGGAUUGCUGGAUUACCUAGGUACUGA